AUGGGACCUUCCAACGAUGAUGCGAUUGAUAGGCUAGAUACGAUUUGCCAGGAGGGGUUUAUCAUUUUGAGUUCUGGCAAUUUAAUAGCCGUAAAACCUCAGUACGAAACCAUGUCGGCGCUGGUAGAUAGACUCAAGUCGAAGUCAGACUAG